GCCCACCAGCGGCGUAAAUGGCUUCUUGUUAUUGGCGCCUCAGCGCAGGAAGCAAGUUCCGUCGACUGUACUACGAUUAGAACCAGAAGUGCUUUCUCGAACCAUACACACCCCGUCUAUUUCAUCGAAUCUCUCUCGCAGCGAAAAGACCUCCAGCUGCAGGAUGCUAGCUCGGCCAGCAUCGAAACACCGGUGACACCGCCGCCAAAGUCUGUGUCAGCAUCUCCGCGCUCCUCAUCGACGUCUCAUAUGCAAUGUCUCAUCGAUCGUGGACUCUCGCAGUGCUGGCCCUCCAGCUUGCUGUCGACGCCGUGAAUGCAGCGUCGGCCGUCGAGAUCCUCUCGCAGGUCCCGUCGUGUGCUGUUAGUCAUUGUGGCAUCAGCCAGGCUUUCGUCGCGCUAAAGCAUCUACCAUCUAGUCUGAGUGCAUCAGCAGCACAUUCAUCACGUCCGCCUGCGAUCCAGAAGACGUGACUACGUGCAUCUGUCUCGACAUUGCUG